UGUGCUUACUUCCGCCCCAAACAAAAACGAUACAUGUCCACUUUAAACUCGCUAGACCUCCCGUUAAUAUAAUAGUUAUAUAAUAAUAGCAAUGACGUUAGCGUAUGGUAUUGCGUAGUGAUAAGUCACUGUAUUUCAAAAUUCUCGUGGGAUUUCACGCUUCCGGGAAGUACAAGACAGCGCUAUCCAUGGUGCUGCUACCAUGGCUGAGCUGAAAGAGCCAUCUAGCGUGAUCCGGGAGCACCAUACGCUGCUGCAGGUGUCCAACUCACAUGGACUUCAGUUGCUGGGUGUGCUCAGAUCUUUUCGGGAGCAAGGCCUGCUUUUUGACUUCACCAUCAAAGUCCAGGAACGCAGUUUUCCCUGCCAUCGGUGUGUUCUGGCAGCAUGCAGUGAUUUCUUCAGGGCCAUGUUUGAGGCGGCUAUGCGGGAACGUGAUGAUGGUUCAGUAACACUGUGUAACCAGUUUCCGGCUGUGGUGGAGUCCUUCCUGGAUUUUGCCUACUCUGGCGAGAUUCUUAUCACGGAAGAAAACGUAGACUCACUGUUUCAGCUUGCCUCCUUUUUGCAGGUGCCAGUUCUGUCCAAAGCCUGCAGUGACUUCUUGUUAGAAACGAUAGAUCUUGGUAACUGCCUGUCACUUUUUGCCCUUGCUGAGGCAUAUGGUUCAGCUUCCCUCCUGCAAAGUGCCACGGACUUUGUGGUUCAAAACUUCCAAGACCUUUCCAACACCCAAGACUUCCUGGACAUGCAGGUGAAUGUGUUGGAGGAAUGCCUCAGGUCAGAUGCCCUCUGUGUGCCCAGUGAGGAGGCUGCGGUCAUGUCACUUCUAAGGUGGAUCCGCCAAGAUAUUCCUGGACGACAGAAGCUGCUUCCCAAAUUGUUAUCUCUAACGAGACUUCACCAUCUACCUCCGCAUGCGCUUCAGACUCUUCAUGAGUCAGAUCUGAUGAGCAACAAUAAUUCCUGUAUGGCUCUGAUCUCAGUGGCUAAGAGCAGACAGAGUCAGCACAGUGGUCUGUUCACUGAUGCCAGGCCUGCCACCACACAGAGCUACAUUUAUAUCCACAAGACGGAGGAGAACGGAGUGGUCCACCACUCUUUCUGCUACUGUCUGGAAACAGACCAGUGGAAAGAGCUUGAAAUGGGCCAGGGGCAGGGAAUGAGCACGGUGCCAGACCCACCAGGCUCCCAUCUGACUGGCUAUGCUGAGAAGAUGUUUGUCACUGGUGGUUGCCGUGGAAACUGUUGCCGGGCAGUACGCAUCCACGUGGCAGAGCCUUUCCAUGAUGCUACCGAUGAGGUUUGGUGCUUCUCCCCUGUAACAAGAACAUGCACACCAGCUCCAGCGAUGCUGAAACCCCGAACCAUGCAUACAGCAGUGGUCUGUCUGGAGCGAGUGUAUGUCAUUGGGGGACGGACAGAGGGAUCAAGAGGGGCUUCUCCCAGUCUACUCGAGGUGGAGUAUUACGACCCACUGGUAAAGAGCUGGUUCUCAGUCAGUCCUCUGCCCACUGCAAUCUUCUAUCCUGAGGCCAGUGUUUGUGGCAGUAUUAUCUACACACUGGGAUCAGAGAUGGAGAUAACAGACUCCUUUAACCCCUCACUGGACUGUUUCUUCAGCUAUGAUGCGCAACAGGACCAGUGGUGCCGCCUGGUGGUAGAGUUUUGCCAGUUUUUCCAUGCAACACUGGUCAAGGCUAUGUCCGUUAAUGAAACACUGCACCUCUGUGACCUGUCCACUUACAAGGUGUACAGUUUCUGCCCACAGACGUGUGUGUGGAAAGGGGAGGGGUCAUUUGAGUGUGCAGGGUUCAAUGCUGGAGCAGUUGGUAUCAGAGAUAAAAUUUACAUUUUAGGUGGAGACUAUUCCCCUGAUGAGAUUACAGAUGAAGUCCAGGUGUACCACAGUGACAGGAGUCAAUGGGAGGAAGUGGCACCUAUGCCCAGAGCCCUGACUGAAUUCCACUGCCAGGUCAUCAGUUUUAACAAGCACACAAACCCAUGGAGUGACAUAGAAUGAUGCACACAGGCUGUAAGCGGACUGUAUAACCUUGUAAAAAGCAUGUUUUUCAUUCAUUAUGUAAGUUAAAAAUUGUUGAUUAAAACCUCUC